UCCUGCACUGAGCGCAACUCUCCAGCUAGGAUGAGCAGAUUUAUUUUGUGUUUAACAAUUUUAAUUUUCAAUUCACAAAAUUUGGCAAAUGCGCAAACAUGGAAGCUUGUGAGCAGAGUAGUGACAGCAGCGGUGAACCAGGAGGAUUUUGACGGCUACGAAUUCAACGGGGACACAGUAUACGCGGGCGAAAAUUUGAUCACAGAUUUUGACUUUACUGACACUUUUAGUUUGGAGCUUUGGUCCAUGGCAUGUUAUAGGCUAAAUAUAUCGGUCAAAUUUGUGGCGCAACCUAGUGUCGCUGAGGUUUCGCAGCUCGUUUACCAAGGUGGCGCUAAUCUAGCCAUGGUGUCAACUGUAUUCGGACCCGAAGAAACAAAAGGCCUGGUGAUUACUCAACCAACGCACAGCACAACGUAUAAACUGUUCGUGCAAUCACCAACAAGCGUAUCAACUUCCCUCAGUCUAGGAAAAGUUUUCGCACCAGUUUUAUGGUUGGCUAUUGUAAUUUCAAUGCUGAUGAUGGGCGUCAUUUUGAUUUUCAUCGAAUUCGUCGGACAAAAGGCAAAAAUUAGGUCGUACUUAGCAACUCCUGCUGAUAUAGGGCAGCUUAUUAUAAUUGUAAUUGGCUGCUUCUGUUACCAAGGCGCAAUUCAAAUCGCCUCAGGAUGCUCUGGCCGUGUCCUUGUCUGGACCAGUCUGAUUUGUGGCUAUUUGAUUUAUGUCACUUUUAAUACAGAAGUCAUAUCGCAGCUUACUACUGUCGCUUUCAAACCACCAUUUGAAUCACUUUCCGAUAUGGCCGCAAAAGGAACACACAAACUAAUUGUUCGGAACGACACAUCUCUUCUUGAUAACAUUAAAGUUACCAGACUUAAGGAUGGGAAAAGAGGUCCGUUGGCCGACAUUUGGGAUGCAUUAUUGCCUAUAAAACCAAAAGCUGAAAACUUAUACAACAAUAAAUCUGAUAUUAAAAGGAUGUGCCUGGAAAAAGUUGCGUUUCUGGAUUCUGAACUUGCCAUCCCACCAAAAGACCAGCAAACCUUCAGAUGCAACGUGAUGAAAUUGAAAGAUUCAUAUUUUCGUUCUAACGUGGGAUUUGUAUUAAACGUAAAUAAUACAUUCAAUCAGCAAAUAAUAAAAGUGUUCAAUCGAAUGAGGGAGACGGGAAUAAUAAACCGCAUGAGACGAUACAUCGACCAGCCUGAUGUAGGACCUUUAAAGCCUUUGCCUGAUUUAAAUCCAAUCGAUAUAGCCACCCUCAUACCUAUGCUUAUAGUUUUGUAUGUGGGAAUGGCUGCAAGUUUAAUCACACUUGGUUUGGAAAUCGCUUUCAAGCAUGGCGGCGGAGAAUUAAUUAGGAGAAUGAACGAAAGGGGCUUUUACACGUGGAAAGAUGUAAUUUGUUUCUGGAAGGUAAGAAAGCCUAAUCCUGACGAGGAGGAAUCAUCGAGUGAUGAAGACAGCGACACGGACGUUGAGCAGCCGCCACAGCAGAAAACAGCACCUACGAUAAAAAUUUCUACUACACCCCAGCAGCCAAUUAAAGUGAGGAGUACAAACGAAAAACCAAAUUCACUAAACAAGUAUCCAGUAAAAGCUGCACCGAUUGCAAUAUUAGGGCAAAACGACGAUAAGAAGUCAAAUUUGAUUAACAAAAACAAGCUUGUUCCACCUGAAUUUCGACUAAAUGACGGCAAAGAUUUUGAAAAAUUACGUAAUUACAUAAAUGAGAAUCAAAACAGACCACGACCUUUGCGACGGCAGAAUAGAGUUUCAGACUUGACAAAUAUUUUCCCCAAACAAGCAAGUCUCAACCAACAAUAUCUAGAUAAAAAUACAAUCAGAGAUCACGAUUCUAGUCAAGAAAGCAACAAUUUUGAAAGCCCAAGACCUGACCGAAGGUCCCCUGCACCAGUAGCAAACAGGGAAUUGAAACCUGAUAGGCUCCCUGUGGAAAAACCUCAGGCACAUGCAAAUAUAGCCACUGGCCAGGACCCUAUUCAGGAGAAAAAUAAUUUAACUAGCCCUAAAAAUAAUAAAGAGUCAGGCGCUUCUGCCAAGUCACCAGCAGUGAACAGAGAGUUGAAACCUAACAGGUCACCUGGAAGAGAACCUCUGGCGUAUGCAAAUAUAGGUCACGACAAAAUCCAGAGGAAGAGUGAAUUUGAUAUUCCAAAAUCUGAUAAACCGACGGUGAACCGAGAGUUAAAACCUGGCAGGUCACCAGGGAGAGAACGCAAAUCUGCAAACGACCCUGCAUUGCCAGUCAGAAGGGUGGGAUUUUUAACACCUGACUCACCAAAGGAUCCAAUUUCGGUUAAAUCUGUACCAAAUUCCCCAAAGUACAACCCUGAAGACUUGGCGAAACCCAAAAAGCAAUCGAGAGAGGAACUUCUCAAAAAGCAAACUGCACCUGAGCCACUCCAGGUUCCUCAAAGGAGGGAAAGCCGCCCGCGAACUGAAGGUCAAGAAAGAAACCGCGUUGAAAUUCCACCUGCUGAGGAAACCGCCGAUCUCUUAUUUCCUCUAAAUAUAAAUCAAAUUCCAGCAAGCAGACAGAACCCUGCCCCUCCAAACCUGAAUUUGCAUUUGUCAAUUGAUACUGAUGGGUUUCUGGACAGACACUCCAUCAUCGACAUGAAUUUAGCUCGACGAAUGCGCCAAAACCGCGACCCAGAUCCGUUUGGUGGACCGAAUUAAACAUCUACGACGAAUUCUUCAUACGUCUGCAUUGAUACUCGGAAGCGUAAUUUUAUCUUUAAAAUUUUGCUGUAAUUAUUAUUAUAAUAUAGUAAUUUUUAAUGUUUUUUCACUCCUUUUUGAAAAUAUUUUGAAAAUUCUCAGAUGUU